CAAUGCAGAAUGAGGUACGGCAUUACUACACAGACGGCUGAGCAACAUAGCUUGUCACAAAAACAAUUAAUAUUUGUACACAUCAAAGAGCAUUAUGUGUAUCUAUUGAAUCAAUUCUAGAUUAUAUUAAAAUAGCAUUACUAUCAGAGAUAUAGAUCAAAUUCCUUUAAUUGAAUACAUGUAAAGAUUUACCAUAAAUUCAUUUUGUGAAUAUUUUGCGUUCUUUUUUUUUUUUUUUUUUUUUAAUUUUAGAGUUGUUCGGUCCAAUGUUCUAAUUUUUCACCAUUAUAGAGAAAUUAACAUUGUAAUCUAUUUUCAGGGAUUUUUGUAUGGCAUACUUAAAGAGGGAAAAUUCAGUUCAGCCCAUCUGAAAGAAACGACAAGACAUUGAACAGGCGUUUGCAUUAAAUGAAGCACUUCGAUAUUUUUGGCUGGAUUUAUAAUGGCAGUGUUUAAAAGUACAAGAUCCUCUUCAAGAUAUGAUGACAGAGAAGAUGACGAAGACGAUGAUAUAAACAAAGCAUCAGACUUCGUGUCCUCCGUGAAAUCAAAAUCAGAAACAGGCUAUACCGCAGAUUCUGAGAGUGACAGUGAAAAAAAAUAUUGAAGAUAUCAGUUGCACAGAUGAAGCCGAUGAAAUGUUAGCCAAACUAGAAGAGGAACAUGGUUUUCACACCAUUCGAAGAGAAGUAAUGAAGCCUCAUAAACCGUUGGUGGGGGUAGAGUUCGACCCUUCUUGGAACAAAAAGAUCGGCCCCGUGGAAAAGACAGCAAAGCCCGCACAACAGGAUGACGAUUCACCGGCAGAAGAAGUGGAGAGUGAAAAAGAAGAAGGUAAAAUUGGUCCAGUUGAUGACCCUUCCAGCUCGUAUAGUUCGGUGGAUGAAGACAGCUGGGAGAGUGAAUAUGAUGUGUCCUCAGACUUUGAAAGUGAUACACCUAGUGAACCAGGGGAAGAAGUAGAGAGUUCUGUACAACCCGGGAUGAGUAAAACAAAAUUAUGUAGUGAUGUUUCCAUCGAAUAUCCAGAUAAGUAUAAUUUUGGGGAAAUACAAGCCAUGCCGUGGUCACAGGAGAGGCGGGCCAACGAGAUAAAAGACAUUGAUUUAAAAUACAUGGAAAAACUCUGUAGUGACAUUUAUUUGAUGGUGGAUAAAUCUAGAAAUAAAACAAUCCUGGUAUUUGAUCAAAGUGACGAAGCUUUGGUGACAGUCUCUGUCCAAAUUUCCGAUGAUGAAGAUUCGGCAUACAUUUAUGAAGCAAGGAUAAGGAACAGAUCACAUUGGGUUAGGAGGGCUGCUGAACAUACGGGCGAUCAAAUUAAAUUUCAUGCAACAGAGAUUGAGUCUUUUUUCAUCGUAAAGAUUCCUCUGAAAGAAUCUGCUAUGAUUUCCCCACAGGGAAAUACUCUCUCCUUCAAACACACAAAGGGCGUGUCUCUGGAUAUACCAUCACAUACCGUAAACAAACCUCAACCCAUUGUCAUGCAGCUCAAUGAAGUGGACAAGCAUGCAAUAAAGUACCGUCACAGUUUAUAUCCCGAAAAAUUCAACAUUAAAAAAAUGUCACAAAGGUUAUUCAUCGAGCAUGAUAUACCAGAAUUUCACAACCCCUUUUCGGUGGAACUGGAACUUGAAACCUUCCGUGAGUCAGCAGACAACGACGCUCUGGUACCAGUAGCCUUCCAUUGGAAAGAAGGGGAACCAACUAUCAAAUCUAAAGCAGAAUAUGGUUUACACCAGAAGGCGAACAAAGUCGUGAUGACUAUGAAGACUUUCCUAAAUAAAUCGGGAGUGUCUGUUGGUUUGGUUGCUCAUGGUAAAAUAAACCCAGAAGAGGCCAAACUUGUUUAUGCUGAUAUGUUCCUGUGUAAACUGGUAAUUCAUAUCAAACUCGUCAAAUCCCAGGAAGCUAUGGUUUACAUCAACUGUGUAUUGAUAGAAAACCUUCCAAAAAUUCAAGAACAUUAUCAGUCAUUAUAUAUGAUAGGAGAGUCGGAGAACAUAUAUCUCAAGAACUUCCAAAGAAUCCGUGUCCAUCUGUCUGGAAAUUCUGUUCGUAGAAAGUCCAAAACGCAGAGGGUUCUCAACUGUUUCAUCGUGUUUUCUGACCAAGCAAAGCAGAAUUGUUUAUCAUUUCCAGUUGAUAAAGACACAAGGAUGGGCUCGAGCCCGAGUACGACAUUUGAUUUUAGUUUGGACAGCGGUUCAAAAAAGAAAAUCCACCGACAAGAGUUCGAUCCAUGGAUGUUAGUGGGAAUGAAAACCUGUUCCACAGGAAAUAUUUCAGCGUUAAAGCGCAGCAGGGGACAAACAUCUGUCGAUUUUAAAUCAAAAAGGCAACUUUAAAGAAUGAUUCAAAUAAGCGUUGUAAAGUAUUUGAACUUUCUAAACUUAAUCAGAAACUUAAUCAGACAAUAUAGUGUACGUUUAUGAGAUCGAACAAAGCAUUGAUAUAACAGAAGGACUACUAAAUCCAAAAAUGUACUUUUCUUACACAAUAGAACUGGAGUACUACAGCAUAAGAUAUUUUUCUAACUCAAUUACCAAACAUGGAAAUAUACUGUCUGCACUGGAAGAAAUAUCCGCGAAUACUAGCAGAAAAGCCUUUUUCAGUUUUUAAAAGAUUUACUCACUUGGACACACCCUGACAAUCGUAGGCGGGGAAAUGAUUACUGUUGAUUGAGUAAUAAUGAAACUGCGAUUACUGCUAUGACUUCCGAUGAUGUAGUAGUGAUUAAUGUGUGCAGGCGCGAGGCAUGGAGGUAAGUAAAUUGUCAAACUUUGACAUAAUGCUUUAAAAUCACUUCAAUGGACAGACCAUCGAACAACAAAAAGUGUCAUUGUACAGUAACAGAAACUUAGAAUAAAAUCGUUACUGUAAACUUUCACGAAAACUACUGAUGGUUUUACACAACGUUUAUCAACAUUUGUUCUUUGGGACAGAUAAAUUCAGCAGUAUGAGUUCGAAGAAAGGAUAUCUCUAGGUUCAAAGAUACAUGAAUAACUUUCAUAUUCUUUUAAGUUAUCACAAGACACAUUUCACUGAACAUUUGAUCAUUUUCUUGUGUUUUAAAAAAUGUAGUUUUACAUAAUGAUUACUGCAACCAAGCGGUAGGACUGGAACAGAUUACGGUGUCUCAGUAUUUCCCUGAUUACUGCAUACACUAUGAUGAAAGGUGAACGAACAGUGAUCAAGCUCAUCUCCUAUAAGCAAUACAAAAUACAAAUGUAGAAUGAUAUGUAGAUAGUUGGGCAAACAUAGACCCCCGGACACACCAGAGGUUGGAGCAGAUGCCUAGGAGGAGUAAGCAUCCCCUGUCGACCAGUCACACCCGUCGUGAGCCCUAUAUCUUGAUCAGGUAAAAGGAGUUAUCAGUAGUCAAAUUCAGUGUGCCACGAACGGUCGGUCCAACAAUCGGUAUGAAAAACGUCAGACAGCAUUUGACCCAAUGAUAGGUUGUAUUAGCAAAUCAUAUCGUUAUAACGACAAUAGCAUUUGCGAGAUGCUGACUUUAAAUGAAACUAUUGAAGCUCCUGUACCAUCAACUUGUUUGUCAGUAGCUUGCCUCGAUUUAAAAACUGACCAUUCGAAGAACAAGCUCUUGCGUAUCGAAUCAACCUCAUUUGUAGGUGAUAAUGGAAUAUUGCUACAUAAAUAUGGAAAGUUGACGAUGGAGAAGCUGAAAUCAUCCCGUUUGUCAUAAAGUUGAGUUGUUAGUUUUCCGUUAAUAUAUACUUUCAAUAAAAUAUCUAAGUAUGGAGCAGAAGUGGUGUCUUUUAUUUCGAGCUCGCAUGAACUAUUUGAAUUUGUUAAGCGUUUCAAAUAUAAUAUUUGCAAGUCCAUCCCUCUUUAAACAUCCGACUACGCUAAAUCAUUGUUUUUUCUUUUGUCUGUUUUAGGAAAAAGAAUUUUCAUGUGACCAGUGCAGCGAUUUAAAUAAAUAUGUAUUAGUUCACAAUAAGAACGUGGAGCUGGUUUUAUAACGAGGUUCAUUUAGUAAUCACUACUACAUCACCGGAAGUCAGAACAGUAAUCACAGUUACAUUAUUACUCAAUUGACAGUAAUCAUUCCCCCGCCUACGCUUGUCAGGGGAUGUUGGGCCACGUUUAGUGGCACAGAACAGAAUUUACGAUUGUCACUGUUCGAUUCCUACACAGGUACAUGUAUAUUUGUCGUGUUUCAUGUCUAAUACGAAACCAAUCUGGAAUAAACAUUAAUAUACAAAGGAAAACUAUUUGUUUCACUAUAUACCAUAAAUGAUUGUGUAGAACUUUACAAGUGAAAGGUAUGUUUUGAAAGCCUUAUAUAAAUUCAAGGACUGCAUCAAGUAAUGUUCACCUGAUUCACAGUAAAAUGUAGAAAUAUUAAAGAGGACAUGAGAGUGAAGAUCGGGCAACCUUCGGCAACACAAAUUAAGUGGAAUUAGCGGCACAAAAAUACGUUUUUCUGUCAAAAAAUAAUUUAUUAUUACAUCUAGUGAUUUGGACUAUCAUAUUCAUUGUAAAGAACAGUGAUAUUUUACUGUGAACCGGGUUCACGAACAUUACUCACGAAGUUACUUACUACAAGGCCUAGCGUGCUGUCGUUUCUCAAUACAGUAUUUUGACAAUAUUUUGAUAGCUACAUAACUAUUGAAAUCGUAUGUGUAAUACUCUGGAGAGAUUUCUGACAAGAAUUCCAGGACCUGGAUCAAGAACUUAGAUCAAGAACGAUAACUCAGAUAAAUAUGUCAUACCGUUUGAUUGUUAAUCUUUUCUUUGUAAAAAGAUCAGAAAAAUAAAACCAGUUGUUCAAAUGUUAAUCAUUUCUAUUUAUUCUUUUUUCGUUGUAAAAAGAGGGGGGAUGUUUUACAAUUGUAUA